AUGAGUUGGCUCAUAUGGAAUGUAAGAGGACUAAAUAAGAGGCAUAAGCAGAAGGAACUUAAAAUCUUUUUACGGAAGAAAGGUAUUAAACUAGCUGCUUUAGUGGAAACUAGAGUCAAGAUUCACAAAGCACCUAAGACUAUUGCAAAUAUCAAUCCUGGAUGGCAAUCUCUCAAUAACUAUCAAUGUGCUGAGAAUGGAAGGAUAUGGCUAAUGUGGGAUACAAACCAUUAUCAAGUAACUCAUAGUAGAACUACUGCUCAAUUAAUCCAUUGCAUGAUCAAUAAUAGCACUGGUACUGUAUCUUAUUUUGCUACUAUUAUAUAUGCUUUUAACACAAAUGAGAAGAGGAAAGAACUCUGGACAGAAUUAGCACAAAUUGAACAAGGGAUUGAUAGACCUUGGAUUAUAGCUGGAGACUUUAAUGUUGUGCUGUAUCCAAAAGAUAGAUUACAUGGUGCACCAGUAUCCUCAGCUGAAACUCAAGCCUUCACCAAGUGUCUUUAUGAUUUACAUCUCAAUGAACUACCUUGGAAAGGAGAUUACUAUACUUGGUCAAAUAAACAGAUGGGUACUGAUAGAAUUUAUUGCAGAAUUGACAGGAUAUUUGGCAAUUCAGACUGGAUGAUGCAUUGGGGCCAUGUGGUUACACAAUAUGAAGUACCAUACAUCUCUGAUCACUCUCCUAUGCUAAUCAAAAUUGAGGACAACCAGUGGACAGUCAAGCCUCCAUUCAGAUACUUCAAUAUUUGGGCAGAACAUAGCAAGUUCAUGGAAAAAGUAACAGAAGUAUGGCACAAGCAACUAGUACCAGGGAAAAUGGCAAAUAUUUGGGCAAAAUUGAAAGCCCUACAGAAGAUCUUGAAAACUUUAAACAAGAAGGAAUUCCAAAACAUCUCCACUAGAAUAACUGAAGCUAGACUUGAACUAAUCCAAACACAGAAGCAGAUUAAUCAAUAA